AUGCCGUUUAAAACCUUAGCUGACCUACAGAAAGACGAAGACGUUGAAGAGGACGGCUCCGACAACGAGUACUAUGCCGGAGGCGAAUCCAGUGGUCAGACGAUCCGAGGUAACCCAGCACAAGACCCGCGGCGUAACUCGGCUGCGCGUCAGUCUGGUAGUUCACGACACCGUCUAGUUUCCGCUAUUCUGGAUCGGGCCCGUCAGCAGCUCGGGCAACCGCAGGUUGCGGACGCUGGGAGUGCAGCUCGUCCAAGUGGAGCGUUCCACGGCACGGGAUACAGACUCGGCGACACGGAGUCACCGGGGAGCGAUGCGUACGAGCCGGCAGGCGCUCCGACACCCGCUCGGACGCGCAUCGUUACAAAGACAAUUACGUUCUAUCGAAACGGUUUUAUUGUGGAUGACGGAGAGCUUCGAAGGUUGGACGACCCCGCGCAAGCAGCGUUUCUUGCUGAUAUCCACGCAGGGGUUGUACCACGCGAACUCGAAGAGCCCGACCUAAGCGAGCUUAGUGUCAAUCUUGUCGACCGCUCUUUCGAAGACUACACUGCACCCUCGGAUAAGGCAGCUGCGAGCCGUCGGCGGCCGUUUGAGGGUGGAGGAUAUCGCCUUGGUGAGGCAGCUGAGGAGCCUCCCAAGGAACCCGCUGCGACGUCGCAGCGAACGGCGAACACGUGCACCAGCGAUGUGGUCGAGCCCGAUGACCUGGACCCUGACGCACCCACGACGCAAGUCCAGGUUCGUCUAGCUGAUGGAUCCCGUCUGGUCAUGCGUUUGAAUACCACGCACCGCGUGCGCGACCUCAGAAGUCUCGUUUGUUCUCAUCGCGCGGACUAUGCCGGUACACCUUUCGUAUUCCAAACGGUUUUACCACGACGAACGCUAGAGGAAGAAUCACAGACACUCGCAGAGGCGAAUCUUUUGAACUCGGUCGUUGUGCAACAGUUGCAGCAGCAGUGA